CUCCCCUCGCCCCGCCUCCCCCGCUCCCCGGGAUCGGUAGUGAUGGCGGCAGCGGCCCCGGCCCCGGCGGGCGUUGGGCGAUGGGAGGUGGUGCGGAAAGGCCGGCGGCCCGCGGGAGGCACCGGCAGCCGCCGCGCCUUGGGCGAGGCCAACGCCGGUCGGGCGCUGCCUCUGGGCGCUCCUAUCGCCACCUCCAACACCAUCUUCGAGCUGGGCUUCGAGCGGCCACUGAAGAAGCAGAACAAGGAGCAGGUGCCCCCCGCUGCCGCGCCUGCCCCCCAGCCCCGCCGGCACCACGCGCCCAAGAGCACCAGGAAGCCCUCGGCCAGCGACACCAGCACCAAGCCCGGCAAGUGCCGCUCGCUGGAGGAAGCCCUGAGAGCUCUCGACCUGGUGGAUUUGCAGAAGGAGCUGGAAAAAAGCCAGAGUGUGUUUCCUGAGAACCCCUCUGUCUGGGUGAAGGACCUGGCUGGGUACCUCAACUGCAAGCUGCAGGCACCCCAGAGUGACCCCCUGCUCAGUCAGCACCCCCACGACUACCCGUACUGCCUGGUGAGCAAACCCCUGCGGAACAUCAUCCGGUCCCUGCUGGGGAGGGCGGCUGGCGUGCUGGAGCUCUUCUUUGACCACUGUAUCUACACCAUGCUGCAGGAGCUGGACAAGACCCCAAGGGAGUCCUUGCACGGGUACAGGAUCUGCAUCCAGGCGCUGCUGCUGGACAGGCCACGGAUCGCCACCAUGAACCUGGGCAAGUACCUGGAGGUGCUGCGGUCCCAUCAGAACCGGCCAGCCAAGUGCCUGACGGUGCUGUGGGCGCUGGGACAGGCCGGCUUUGCUGACCUCCAUGAAGGCCUGAAAGUGUGGCUCGGUGUCAUGUUCCCAGUGCUCGGCAUCAAGGCUCUCUCCCCGUACGCCGUGGCCUACCUGGACCGGCUGCUGAUGAUGCACCCCAACCUGACCAAAGGCUUCGGCAUGAUUGGACCCAAGGACUUCUUCCCCCUUCUGGACUUUGCCUUCAUGCCCAACAACUCACUGCCCCCCAGCCUGCAGGAGCAGCUGCGGCAGCUCUACCCACGCCUGAAGGUGCUGGCGUUCGGUGCGAGGCCCGAGACCUCUCUGCACACCUACUUCCCUUCCUUCCUCUCCCGCGCCACGCCGAGCUGCCCCCCCAGCAUGAAGAAAGAGCUCCUGACUUCCAUGAGCCAGUGCCUGAGCCUGGACCCACUGAGCUUCAGUGUCUGGAGGCAACUCUACACCAAGCACCUCUCCCAGACCAGUUUGCUUCUGAACCAUCUGUUGGAGUCCUGGGACAGCAGCAGCAAGAAGGUGCACCAGGCGCUGCAGGAGACAGUUCGCUCAUUCCAAGUGACAAAUGAGGAGCUGGUGGCACGGGGGCUCCGUGGUGACCAGGACAUGGCUGCCUGCGAUGCUGCCUGCAAGGAGCUGCUGCGCAGGAUGAAGGGACAGAGCUUCCCCUGGUCACGGCUACUCCUCGUCCUCCUGGUCUUCAGUGCCGGUUUCCUCCUGCACGAUGUGCGGACACACGGCUCCUUCCAGGCCUCCUCCUCCGCUCGCCUGCUCCGUUCUUCUGGUAUCCUGCCAGCCUGGCAGCAGGCCUGGCAGAGGGCCUCCAGCUGCUGCCUCGAAGGGUACAGGUGGCUGGCGCGGACUCUCCCGGUUUAUGGCUCCCAGGCUGCUGCCGUCCUGCAGCCGUGGCUGGAGCAGCUCUGGGUGCAGAGUGCCACGGUGGCCCAGCACAUGUCCGAGUGUUGCUCCUCUCUGCUCUCCUGGCUCCACCACAGCCUGCCCUGGUUUGCUGAGUGGCUCCAGUCCAAGCUCCCCGAGUCCCUGCUGCACUUGGCCCAGUGUGUCCGGGAGCUGCUGCUGUUCCUGGUGCAGAGCUGCCUGCUGCUGCUGCUGGAGGGGGUGGCUGCCAUGCUGGAGCGGGGCUGGCAGCUCUGGGGGAAUGUCUGCAGCGGAGAAGUGUCUCUGGGCUGUGUGGGAGAGCACCUGGCUGGCUUCACCUAUUCCUCCUGGAUCUACCUGCAAAACACAACCGUCACCAUCACAAACUGGGCCCUGGCCAUGAUUUCUGGACACUGAGCUGGUUCUAGAGGAGUCUCCUGAUGUUCCAGCCCUGGGAGUGUCUCUGGGGCAGCUGGUGUUGCGCGUGGGAUGAAGAUGCCGAGGGCAGUGCCCACAGGGACGUUGGGCUGGGAUCGGGGAUCACGGGGGGAGGAUUUUCCUGUCCUGGGGAACACAUGUCCUGGUUUUCCUCACCUUGUGAAUGGGCUUUGCCUUUCCCUGUCCCCUGUCUAGGUCCCAACUGGCUGAAUGACCUCCCCUGACACCCCCUCUCCCCAUUCCCAGAGCUCCUGCCUCAAUGAACUGGACUAAUUUUUGGUUUUC